CAGACGUAUCUGCCCCGGAAAAGAUAACCAAUCAGUCUGACUCUACAUCUCGGUCUGUUUUAUCACACAUGCUUUCCGGUUCAGCCCCUCCCGGAUAAUAUCUGGAACAUUUCCGAUGCGAGGGAUGGCUUCAUCAGAUAAGGGUGGUAUGGGUGAUAAGGGUUCAUAUAAGCCAUCUUGUCCCAUCAAGUAGUAACCCACUAAGAAGUACGGAAUACUUAUUUUUAUCUAGAAGAUGGGAACCAAAAGUCCGGCUCAAGAUGCCAUUUCGUUGGCGAACGAUGAAACAGGCAACAAGGGACUUCAGAAUGCAGAUGAACUACGGUUAGCACAGAUGGGGCACAAGCAGGAGCUAAAGCGUCACUUUUCGGUAUGGAGCUUGAUUGGACUGGCUGCCAACUGUACAAUUUCCUGGACCGGCCUUGGACUCGGUCUUAUUACUGCGAUUGAUGCUGGUGGUCCUGGUGCACUCAUCUACGGGUUUAUUCUUGUCUUCGUUCUCCAAGCCUUUCUUGCAACAUCGCUGGCCGAAUUCGUAUCUGCGUAUCCUGUCGAGGGCGGAAUGUACCACUGGAUUGCAGCUAUCGCUCCAAAACGCUAUAAUAGCGUCUUGAGUUUCGCAACUGGUUGGAGUACGGUAUUUGGAUGGAUAUUUACAACUGCAUCUACAAACUUGAUAUACGCAACGAACUUCAUGGCUCUCAUAGCAUUGUACAAAACAGACCUAAUCAUACAGCCAUGGAUGACCUUCAUCGCGUAUCAAGGGUUGAAUAUCCUCACGUCAAACAUUGUCAUGUUCGGAAAUCGAUUCAUUCCCAUGAUCAAUAAGUUCUCUUUAUGCUACCUGCAGCUGGCAUGGUUUGUUAUCAUGAUCACUGUUGCAGCUUCGGCUCCAACCCAUAACGACACCAAGUUCGUUUUCAAAACUUGGAUCAAUAACACAGGCUGGGAGAACAACGUGGUUUGUUUCAUAACGGGCCUAGUGAAUCCAUUAUACUCCCUAGGAGGCCUGGAUGGAAUUACGCAUGUCACCGAGGAAAUACCAAACCCCGGAAGAAAUGCGCCAAUUGCACUUGCCUCCUCAAUCACCAUAGCAUUUAUAACUGGCCUCUCCUACCUCCUCAGUCUCAUGUUCUCCGUGCAGGAUUACAAAAGCCUCGCAGACUCUCCAACCGGCCUUCCAUUAGCGGAGAUCUUUCGCCAGGCGACCCAAAGCCGCGGUGGGACAUUUGCCUUGGUUUUCCUGCUUUGGGUUGCGUUAGGACCUUGUAUGAUUGGAUCGCAGCUCAGUACCGGGAGAGUAUUCUGGGCUUUUUCUCGAGAUGGAGGGCUUCCGUUUUCGAAAAUCUGGGCCAAAGUAAACCCCAAAUUUGGGUCUCCAUUCAACGCCCAAUUAGCAGUGACCAUCAUUAUGGCUUUAUUGGGCUGCAUCUACCUCGGAUCCAGCACAGCUUUUAACGCCAUGAUGAGUUCCGCAGUAACAAUAAACAACAUCGCCUACCUUAUUCCAAUCCUAACGAACGUCCUCCGUCGUCGAAAGACGAUGCAUAGGGGACCGUUUGCUCUUCCGUACAUCGUCGGGAUGAUGGUGAAUAUCGUUACUGUUGCCUGGCUGGUCUUUGCGAUUGUUUUCUUCUCGUUUCCGUAUUAUAUGCCUGUUACUGCGUCGAAUAUGAACUAUACCUGUGCUUGCGUUGGGGGAUUCUUGAUGAUUGAGGUUAUGUGGUGGGUGGUGGCUGGGAAGGAGUAUUCGAGGAGUAUGCAGAAGGCGAGAGAGGGUCAGAAUCGGGAUGCUGAUGUGGCUACAAUGACCGGAAAGGGUGGGGAGUAAACAUAAUAGAGUCUGCCAUGCGAGAAUUCAAAUUGAUGUCUGUAUUUUGC